AUGGAGUCUGCACGAAAUCUCUACAAGAAUGAUGUCGACUUUGCAGCUCUCGCCUUACAGUCGCGCGAUUUUGCAAAACACUUGCGGUUCAAUGGACAGUUGGACUUUCAAGAUGAAGCAGCCGUCAGACAGCUGACCAUCAGCUUGUUGUGGCAUGACUUCGGUCUCAAAGUCGAACUCCCCAAUGAUCGGCUGUGUCCACCGGUGCCUAACAGGUUGAACUACAUCCUUUGGGUACAAGACCUCCUUGAUUCGACGGCAGGAACAAUACAUGAGACCUAUGAUCCGGACCGAGAAGUUCUUGGACUUGACAUUGGAACAGGAUGCUGCAGCAUAUACCCCUUGCUAGGCUGCAAAACUCGCCCUCGAUGGAAGUUUAUUGCCACUGAUAUUGAUGAGCAGAACGCGCGCACCGCCCAGCAAAACGUGGCAUUGAACGCACUCGAGCCACGAAUUCGAAUCGUGAAAACCGAUCCGAAAGACGCUCUUUUCCCCGUCAAAAUCUUCAAUCAGAAGAACCUCGAUUUCACAAUGUGCAACCCUCCGUUCUACGCAUCACAAGCAGAGAUGUUAAGUUCCGCCGAAACCAAGUCACAUGUUCCCUUCUCAGCGUGUACUGGUGCCGCAGUGGAAAUGGUUUCGCCUGGCGGCGAAGUCGAGUUUGUGACUCGCAUGAUUGACGAGAGCCUGCACCUGCGAGACCAGAUCCAGUGGUAUACCUCCAUGCUGGGCAAAUUGAGCAGCGUGACCACGCUCGUUGAGCUCCUCGUAAAGCAUAAUAACCACAACUACGCCGUGACCGAGUUUGUGCAGGGCAGCAGAACAAAGCGGUGGGCAGUUGCGUGGUCGUGGGGAGACCGGCGGCCUUCGAUGUCCGUUGCCCGGAGCAUUCCUGGCUUUCCGAAGCAUUUGCUCCCUUUCCCCGCUGAUUUCAGCUUCGCGCUUUCACCGGAAACAUCCAUCGAUACUGCUAUAAGUACAUUGAACGCCGAACUCAGUUCACUUCCCUGGUACUGGGCCUGGGACAAAAGUGUCAGUGCCGGUGUGGGAUUCGCGACUGAGAAUGUGUGGUCCAGGCAGGCUCGAAGAAAGAUGAAGAUUACGGAACAAGCAGGCUCUGGAAAGUUAGAUGCUAUGCCAGAGGAUGUUGCACUAGGUGUUCGGAUCCAGCUGAAGCUGCAACGGGCGAAGCAUUCAGAAGAAAACGAAGUGCAAGUAGUGAUCCGCUGGAUCCAAGGAACGGAUAGCGUGUUGUUCGAGAGCUUUUGCGGGAUGGCGAAGCGGAAGAUGGAGGGUAAAUGA